GUUGCUGCGAGCGGAGAGCGGCGGCUGCGGGCCCGGCCGGACCAUGGACGACCUGGAUGCUUUGCUAGCGGACCUGGAGUCUACCACCUCUCACAUCUCCAAACGGCCAGUGUUCUUGUCGGAGGAAACACCCUAUUCCUAUCCAACUGGAAACCAUACAUACCAGGAGAUCCCAGUGCCCCCACCUGUGCCACCCCCUCCUUCCAGCGAAGCCCUGAAUGGGACUGUGAUUGACCCUUUAGACCAGUGGCAACCCAGUGUCUCCCGAUACAUCCACCAGCAAUCCCAGUCUCCUGUGUACAGCUCCAGUGCCAAAAGUUCCAGUGCCUCCGUUCCCCGAGAGAGUGUCUGCUCUUCUUCCUCACGUGCCAGUGAAGAGGAGCACGUCUACAG